AUGGCGGCUCCACACCAGGUCAUCGCGGCGGGCUUGGCCGAGGGCGACUUCCUGGCUGUCCGAUACAGAGUGGGUGGCCGGCGCCUGUGGCACCGCCGCCUGGUAGUGGCGCUCGUGCCCGGCGGGACCACCGUUGCGGGCAUCAUGACUCCCGAAUUCGAUGAGUACGACGAGGACGUGGCCGACCAGGCGAAUAUCGCAGAGUGGACGAUGCUCCCGCUUGGCACGAUCGGGCCUGCUGCUCCGGCGAUGGGUAACGACGACGUCUACGACUUCAGGCACAUCCCGUUGCAGGCCGCGGUGGAUGCAGCUCGAACCGCAGCAUACGCGAGAAGGGGGGCUGUGCCGGUCGGGCCCAUCGUGGUCAACCUCGCCGGGCGCGUGGGGGCCGGCGCUCCUGUGGGCGCAGCACCCCCUGCGGCUGGCGGCGCGGCGGCUGCGGCGGCUGGGGGCCCUGGCGGCGGCGGCGGCCUCGCGGGGCUGGUGGCGGCCCUUGGCGGCCCGGCGGGCGGCCCGGCCGUUGCGGCGGCCGCCCCAGCGGCCCUGGUGCCCGUGGCAGCGCCCGCCGCCCCUGCCGCCGGUGCGGGCGCCCCGCCAGCCGGGCCUGGGGCCGCGGCGGCCAUCCUUGGCGCGCCCGUCGCGCCCGCCGCCCUGGCAGCGCCCGGCGCGCCCGCGGCCGCGGCUGCAGCUCCCGCGGCGGGCGCCCCGGCGGCCCCGGCUGUGGCUGGACCUGGCGGCGACGCCCGGAUCUUCGGCGUGGUGGUCGAUGCGCGCGGGGUCCGUCAUGUGGACUUCUGCACCGCAGUCACCCGGAUGACCGAGCUCCCCUGGCCAGACAGGCCCGUGCGAGGGCCGCGCACUUUGCGGUGGGUGGCAGAGUUCAUGGCGCAGCGGAGCGGCACGCCGACGGCGCAUCAUCAGAGGUGGCUGGCGGAGACGGGCCUUGACCCCGCUGGUCCAGGAGUGGAGAUCCACCAGACGGGCUGCGUCGUCCUCGAGACGGCCAUUACCUACGACCAGGAACACGCCACGAACCUCGCCCACCUCGAGCUCGUCGCCCGCUCGAUCCAGGUGCAGGAAGAGAAGUACCGGUUUCUCGUUGAGCCCGACGAUGCCUCGGCUGCUGACAGGUCGGCCAUGAUGGGGACGUCGCAGCUCGCGGGCUCUGCGUGUGUCUGCCCCGCCCUUCGCGACUAUCUCGCAUCGGAGUUGCAGAAAGAGAUGGCAGUUGCGAAGGAGCGGAGGAAGGCUCCGGUGCCGCAGGCGGCGAUGCCUAGCUUGCCGGAGGGCGGUCGGCUUGGCCCGCCGCCGCCCUCGCUCCUCCAGGCCUCCGCGGGCGCCAACAGCGCUGCCCGCACUUCGGGCGAGGCCGGGCCCCCUUCGCGUGAAGACGGUCGCCGGCGCAACCUCUUCCCGCUGCCGCAGCUCACAGCAGCCGACGCGGCGCCUGGCCUCUCUCGCACCCGGCGGCGCGCUCGGGCGGGCCACGCCCUCGGGCGCGCGCUCGACCGGGCCGGCGCAGCCGUGCAUGCGCUGAAUUACUUAUACGGUGACAAGUCCUCGCCCGAGUCGGCCGUUCCGACAGCUGGGCAGCGCUGCGCCGUCGGUCACAUUUGGGACACCAUUGCCGCCCUCGGCCCCGAGCCGGACGAGUACCGCGACGACGUGUCCGACCCCAGCGGGGCCCUCCGGGAGCUCCUUGCUGGGUCCGCGCUGUGCCCUGACGGCAGCGGGCCCACCACUCCCUACGUGCCAGACCUCGUCUCUUGGUCCGAUGUGUCCCAGCCCCCAGCGCCGCUCCUUGGGCUGCUUGGAGAGCGGGGCGCCGCCGCGCUGCAGGCUGGCGACGUUCGCCUCAGCAUCGGCUCCGCCGACCUGGGCGUCGCUUUCUACCGCGUGCAGGUGCCUGCUGGGAUGGAGGAGUUCUUCACCUUGCCUCCGAUCCCUGCAAAGUAUUUGAUGCCCUUCGGAUGCGUGGAGGCCGGCACGAGGGGUGACGACCUCCUGCUCCCGCAAGUGGUGGUGCUCCCGAUGGGCUUCGGCUGGGCCCUGCACCUGCGCCAGACGGUGCUGCAGACAUCCCUGUGCCGAGCCGGCUUCUCGCCCGAGAACCUGAUCCUUGACGGCCAUAGCGGCUGCCAGCUCUCUGACGACCCAUCCUCGGUCGUGGGCGCCGGCUACGUGGACAACUACUUCGUCCUUGGCGGCUCCCCAAAGCACGUGAGCGAGCAGCUGCAGUAUAUCACCGACGACCUCCAACGGCAUGGGCUCGCAGUUCAUGACGUCGAGGAGCCCUCCCAGGACUGCGACUUCCUGGGGCUGUCGCUGCGCGAGGGGCGCUGGCUCAGCCUUCGGACUCGCAACAUCUGGCGCCUCCGCGCGGCCAUCCGCGGCGCCCUGCGCCGCCGGCUGAUCAGCGGGUUCCUGUUGCGCUGUGAGCUCCAGCUAAUUCACGACCUGCUGCCCCUUUGCACGGCCGGCCUGGGCGCCCCCUGGCACGGGCGCGUCGCGUGUGCAGACGCCUCUCCGUGGGGACUGGGUGUCGUUGCUCGCCGCGCCCCAAAGGACCUCGCGGGCGCCGCGGGCCGAGUUGCUGACAAGUGGAGGUGCAAAGUCGAGGGAGGAGCGCAGGCGAGAGCUCGCACUGUAGGAGUGUCGGAGGAGACUGACGCCGCCGCCGCCGACCUCGGCUACCCCCCCUCGUUCGACAGCUCGGACAACGCGAACGUCGGUCCCGGGGGGAAGGGGGCGCAGGACGAGCUGGGGCGUUCGGCGCUCGAUCCUCGCCCGCCCGUCGACUUCGAGGAGGUCCCCGCGCACUUCAUUCGGGAGUCGGCCUGGGGCUCGGUCGCCGCGGUCUUCGUCGACGGUCAGGCCGACAUCUUGGCCUUGGAGGUGGAGGUUCUCGUUCUUGGGUAUCGCCAUCUGCUACGGUCCACGUCUUCGUUCGGGUCCUGGUUCCUCGUCCUCUCCGACAACCUGCCCUUGGUCCUGUCGGUCGGGAAGGGCCAGGCUCGCAGCAGGCACCUCCAGAGCACCCUUCGCAAUAUCUGCGCGCUCUCCGUGGCCACUGGCUCAACCCUGAAGAGGCCAGCAGCCGCGAAUGCCGCGGUGGAUGGCGACGACUUCGACGACGACAGCGGCGAGGCUGCGCCCCGCGGCCGCGUCCACGGCGCGAACGCCGACACGUUGAAGGAGGUGCUGGGGCCGAUGGUGACCUCGAGCGUGCGCUACCACUACAGAGAGAAUGUGGGCUCUGGCCCGAUGAACACCGACAUCCUGAAGCAACACUUCGGCACGAUCGCGGCAGUGCUCAAGGAGUACCCCAACGGCAGCGUGACGCAGAGCACGGCGUUCGACGUCUUCUCUCACUUUGCGCGGGUGAAUGAUGAGCAUUGGCAUCUCGGACCAGAGAAAACAGGAUGGGCUACCUCGCAGGCAAAACGCUUGAGGGCGAUGCUCAGGGACGUCAGCCAGCAGAUCCUUAAGGUGAGGAAGAACCCGACCAGGAAGGCGCCGCAGUGGCUCCUCCCGUUCAUGAAGGCGACGAUGACGCCCGAGGAGCUCGCGAAGGCGGAGCCCGUCGCGAGCGCGGAGGUGCCCGACGCCGCAGCGCCCAACCACACCGAGGAGGCCGAGGACACGUUCGUGAAAUACGCAUACGAGUACGACGAGGAGAUGCAGGCUGCUUUCAGGCGCGAGGUCUGGAAGAAGCCCAACGGCGAGGAGUACCAGACGAAGAAGAUCAAGUCGGUGACAGCGCCCCAGAGGCCAUCGCCAGACUGCGACGACAACGCCCACCCCGUGGUGAAGUUCAAGAACACAGACGGCUCGGGCGACACGUGCACGAUCGAGACUGUGACGGUGGGGCAGCUGCUGAAGAGGCCUACGACAGGAGAAGCGACGAUGGGCACGAACAAGGUUGAAGAGUGGAACGUGAACGCGUUCGACGGGAGAUUGGUCUUGCGCUGGAACGAAGAGAAAGAGAACAAGGAAAAGAACCGCAAGCGCAGCAUGAUGCUGCAGCUCCAGUUCCACGGCAGCUCGGAAGGCACGAAGCAGAUCGCCCAGGUCGCGACGACAGACCUCGACGAAGUUGCCGUGGCCAAGGCCGACAAGUUCAUGAAGCAGCUGGGACGCGACUUCUCCGACGGCAAGCUGGGCGGGGACUUUGCCGAGAGCAAGGCCGAGGCAAAGAAGCGCAGGGGUGACUGGCAGGCGGCGGUUCCCCCGAAACAGACGGCCGAGAAGAAGAAGGUGUUGGCCGCGAAGAGGCCUGCCGUGGCGACCGCUCGCGACGUCGAGCCGACGAAGGCUGCCAAGAAGGCGAACGGUGGGCCCGAGACGCACCCCGAGGUCGAGCAGGCAACUGGUGACACCUACCCCGUCACGCCCGUCAAGGUUCCGAGGGCCAAGCAGCCCGUGGGCGCCACCGCCAUCCCCACGGCCAUCCCCGAGGCCGAGCCGAUCUCGUCGGACACUGAGUGA